AUGCCGUCAGCUGUCGUGCAGGCCGUGAUCUCGGAGCUCUCGGGGCCCGCGAUGGUGACGGCCGGAUGGACGCUGCUCGGGAUGAACUUCAUGCCAAUGGGCCCGACGGCGGGCAUGGUAGGAGCGUGCGAGCCGCAGAAGACGUGGGGCAACCGCACCUUUUUGAACAUGAUGGAGCAUGCCCCGCUCUUCCUGUCGUCGUUGUGGGUGUUCGCAAUCUUCGUCUCCGCUGAGGAGGCGACGAAGAUCGGCACGACCUACAUCGCCCUCCGCAGCCUCUACCCGGUCAUCUGGGCGGCCUUUGGUGGGGCAAACGGCGCGCCGAUGCAGCCCUACACGUGGUUCCUCUUUGGCAAGGGAAUGAAUCUCUUCUACGUCACGUUUCCCCAGUACGGCUGCGUCUUCUACAUGGCCUUGGCGACCCUGCUCAAGCUCGGCUUGGCCAUCGACCUCAACUCCAUUGUGGGUGUCCCCGCGCUGGCCGCGCCGCUCGGCUUCGGCCUCUUCCUCUACCACUUCGCACUCGGAGGCUUUCCAUACCUGCAGAAGGCGGUCGCGCCGCUGUUUGGCAAGUGA